GAUAGGCAAAGGGUUAAUACCGAUAAUAUCGUGAUUUGUUUGCUCAAUUUAUCAACAUUUGUCUAAAAACAACAAUUUCAUAGAAAUAAUCGUAGGAUAUAAUGCAAUGCCUGCCAGAAAGCAUUAUGAAAAGGAGACGACUGUAUAUAGCCGGUCUGGCCGGUCUAGGGCUUAUAAUUUUGGUAUCGAUCUACAAAUGUGGAAACGACGGAGAACGGCAGGCAUCGGAGAUUAGGAAAUGUUUCUUCUGCGAUUUCGCCCACCGCCGCCAAGGCCCUCCCCCAAUUUUGGAGGUGGAAACCGAUGAAUAUGUGAUUUUCAAGGACAAAUACCCUGCAGCCCAACAUCAUUACCUGGCGAUUCCAAAGGAACACUUCGACAGCUUGAAAUCACUCAACAGAUCCCACCUGGGAUUGGUGCAACGCAUGCAGGCGGGAAUGAUGGAGUUCCUAAAGACGAAGAAUGUAGAUCCCAAGGAGGCAAUUAUUGGAUUCCAUUUGCCCCCAUUUAUAUCAGUUCACCACCUCCAUUUGCAUGGCAUUUUCCCACCCUCCGAUAUGAGCAUCGGUAACAAGAUCAGCUUUAUGUCUUCAUUCUGGUUUAAAAAGUCCGAGGACGCUAUACAUGAUUUGGAGGACCGGGAACUGUGAAAAGGGUUGAGAACUGUUCUAUUCCAGCAGUGCAAUAC